CCAGAAGUUCUAUGGGGACCCACCUGGAGGAGAACUUUUGUGCUGGUGAGGGGCAUAGAGGGAGAUCAUUUGAAUAAUAUAUUCGGAUCCAUUAACCGACACUGGCUGUUAAUAGACGGAGUGAGCGAAGUUAAACCGCAGCCACCCGUGUGCAUCACACACACACAUACACACACACACACACAUCUAAACGCGCGGACGACAGGUAACCGGCUAAAAGAGUGAAACCCAAGAGGUUUGUUAGCUGUCAGUCUCUUGGCUUUUUGGAGAAAAACAUCCCAAGUCUUCGAGCGUGUCUGAAAGCAAACAAGUUAACCCGGCGAGAUAUUAUUGAGAUGAGCGGUGAACCAGUGGAGCAGUCGGAGACCCGACACGAGCACGCAGACAAUGGUCGAAAUGGCUUGGAUUUCUCAAGGCCGAUCAAGACUGAGGACAUCUGCGAUUCUCCACAAUCCAUUUCCAACCACAAGAUCUGCCAUGUGUCUCCUAGCCCUUCACUGCCUGGGGAAAUUCAGCCUCUUCACCAACUGGUUUUGGUUCCUGGCCCUCACUUGCAAUCAGCCUCCCAGUUCCUGAUUUCACAGCCUCAACCAGGUCAUCAAGCUUUGCUACAGUCCAACCUCUUGCCACUCACCUCCCAGCCACAAGGAACGCUGCUCCCACACCAACCUGGAUUAGGCCUGACAGCACAGACUGUGGGCCGGUCAGGCCUGACGGGGACAUCGUUAGAUGGUCACUUGGAAAUGCCUCCUCACCUGACAGUCCCCAAGCACUUGGGCAUACCGACUCAGCCAGAGGAGCCGAGCGACUUGGAGGAGUUGGAGCAGUUUGCCAAAGCAUUUAAGCAACGGCGGAUCAAGCUGGGCUUCACGCAGGGAGACGUUGGCUUGGCCAUGGGGAAACUGUACGGCAAUGACUUCAGCCAGACGACCAUCUCACGGUUUGAGGCUUUGAAUCUGAGCUUCAAGAACAUGUGCAAGCUGAAACCACUUCUAGAGAAAUGGCUGAGUGAUGCAGAGAACUCCCCCUCAGAUGCCAUGAGCAACACUUCUGCUAUGCCACCAUUGAUUGAGGGCUUUGGGCGAAAGCGCAAAAAGAGGACGAGCAUUGAGACCAACAUCCGACUUACCCUGGAGAAGCGCUUCCAAGAUAACCCAAAGCCAAGCUCGGAAGAGAUCACAUUGAUUGCAGAGCAGUUAUCCAUGGAGAAAGAGGUGGUACGGGUUUGGUUCUGCAACAGACGGCAAAAGGAAAAGCGAAUCUGCUGCCCUAUGUCAUCCCCUGUGAAGCCCCCUAUCUACAACUCUAGGCUGGUUCCCACAUCGGGGUCUUUCAGCCCACUGCCCAUCCCACAAGUGCACAGCAGCACCCUGACUGCAGUGUCGUCCAGCUCGUCCCCGGGCAGUCCAAACAGAGAGUCUUCGCCUACAGGUAUCUCGUCUUCACAGUCCCUUAACACUGCAGGGUCCUGGUAUCGGACGUGGAAUCACCCUUCAUACCUUCACUAAAGCGCCUCAGCAGCAUUUUAUCUCCUCCUGACAAACAGCGCCCUCUACCGAAGUCGCUGGAUCCUCGCGCUGUUUAUAGGGAAAGAGACCGCUGAAGACGGACUGAGCUGCGCGCACUAAAGGGUGAUCGGCGCGGGUAUUGGGGUCGGAACAUAAAAUUGAAAAUGUGAUCUUUUUAAUUUAUUUAGUUGCAAGCGGCGCUGGAUGUGAGGGCUGGUUGCUAUCAAAAUGUCAUUCUGUUUGUGUAAACAUUUUUGUUUUCUUUAUCCAGCUGUCACAUACUGAGCCCCCAAGGAGGCGUGUGCACACUAUGGCACGCAUUAAUUUUUGGAGAGCACGGAUCAUUUUUAAUUUUUUUUUCAAUAAUAACAAUAAUAAGUGAGAUUCACUUACCGCACCAGGUGAGCGUACUCUAUUCAUUUUUAUUACUUUUUUUGGAUAAACUGGAAUGUUUACAGCCGUUGCUAUGAAGGAAAAUCUCAGCCCGGUUUGAGGCAGCCGCAUAUCUCCAAAGCCACUUUCCCUCCUUGAGGUGCACCCAUGGCUUGGACUUUCAACGUGAUUCAGACGACUUCAACAUGUUAGAUGCUUUAUAUGCUCCCGGUGUAACGCGGAUCUCCUUUUCCAGCCAUUUCUAGGCAAACCACCUGUGGUGACCAUUAGCCAAAGUGCCUCAGGGACUUCACCAUUUAAUAAGUGCCUGACCAGUGGGUUACAGAUUCUCAGAUAUUUCACUUCAGUGUAUGCUACUGCUGCCCAACCAUUUGUAUAUAUGAGUAGUUUUAAGGGGAAACUGUCCCUCCAUAGUUUGCAAGAUAACUUGUAGACCACUGGGUGCUCUUAAUUUGUUUGUGUGUGUUUAUGUGACAAAGAGAAUAUGACCUCAUAACACUUUGAAAUGAAGGUGGGGUGGAGGGUGGGUGGGUUCAGGGAUUGUGGCUUUUAUUUUUCUAUACUGUUCACUGUAUUUUAUUAGUUUUGCAUUCUGAAGCAAGAGACUACAGCCCAAAGAUGUUCCUCCAACAUCAUAUGUGUGUGUGUGUGUGGGGUGGGAGUUGAGCUGUCCCUCUUAUUUAAAUGUAAAUCCUUAAUAAAUAUAAGGUGUUCAUAAGGACAUUUUUGUUUAAUUCUAAGAGAUGUUCACUUUCUUCACAAGCUUUUCUCUCUCCACUCUUCCUUAAUACAUGGACUUGAGGUGCUAUGGCUGCACUUGAUGGUUUUGUUCCACAUUCAAUAGAUUAUCUUUGAUUGGCAUUACCCACACUCCACUAGAUUGGUUCAGAUCCUACCUCUCAGGCCGCACUCAGUUUGUUCAGCAUAAAACUUUCACAUUCCAGCCCACCGCUGUUACUUCAGGUGGGCUUCAUCCUGGGGCCCCUCCUUUUCAUUAUUUACCUCCUUCCCCUUGGUAAUAUCUUUCGUAAAUAUAACAUUAGCUUCCACUGUUAUGCUGAUGACACCUAGCUCUAUCUCACUAGUAAACUUACUGCUUCCUUUCCACCCUCCUCACUUAUUGAUUGCACAGCAGAAAUCAAAUCCUGGCUUUCUCCAGAUUUUCUUAAAUUAAAUAGUGACAAAACUGAGGUUCUCCUCAUUGGUACAAAAUCAACAUUAUCCAAAACUGAUCAUUUUUCAUUUGCUAUUGAUAAUUCCUCCGUCUCCCCUUCCCCACAGGUUAAGAGUCUGGGUGUCAUCCUUGACAGAACUUUAUCCUUUCAGUCCCAAAUCAAUUACAUCUCCCGGUCUGCAUAUUUCCAGUUGUGUAACAUUAAUGGUAUUCACCCCUCCCUCACUCCCCACACCACUGCUAUCCUUGUUCAUAGCCUUGUCACUUCUCGUCUGGAUUAUUGCAAUUCCCUUUUCUUUGGUCUUUCUCACAUAUCUCUUUGUAAGCUUCAACUUGUCCAGAAUUCAGCUGCCCACAUCAUUACUAGAACCCCCUCUAGUCACCAUAUCACUCCCGUCUUGCAGCAACUUCAUUGGCUUCCAGUUCAGUUCCGAAUUCAAUUCAAAAUUCUCCUACUAACUUCUAAGGCUCUCCACAACCUCAUCCGUCCAUAUCUGUCUGACCUCCUCCAUGUUGCCAUUCCCUCCUGUACCCUUAGAUCCUCUUCCUCCAUCCACUUGACUGUCCCCUUUGUCCAUCUUACCACUAUGGGGAGCAGAGCAUUCAUUUGGAACUCACUACCAUCUGAGAUUAGAAAUAUUGAGUCAUUUUCACUUUUCAAAUCUAAACUUAAAACUCAUUUGUUUAAGACUGCUUUGUGUCUUUGAUUACAAUUGCUCUGUCUGAUUUUAACUUUUGUAUUUUACUUUUGUUUAUAAUCUGUGUUUUUUCUAUUGUUCGGUGUCCUUGAGUGUUUAGAAAGGCGCCUACAAAUAAAUAAAAUGUAUUAUUAUUAUUAUUAUUAUUA